AUGGCAUUGAAAACGAACCAACUUCUCUUCCUCGCCUCGGUGCUGGCAUCGACAACCCUCGGACACGUCGUCCUCGAGAACCCAAAACCGUUCAAGUUCGUCGCAGACGGCCCGACAAACCCGAUCUCUACAUCAGGAAGCGACUUCCCUUGCAAAAUACCUCCCGGGGCCAGCUACGAAAUUGACGGAUCGUCGACAGUCAUCGCCGUUGGCGAGACAUUCGAAGCCACCUUUAAAGGUCAAGCCGUACACGGGGGCGGCAACUGCCAGUUCGCACUCAGCGCCGACACGAGCCCGACGAAAGACUCAAAAUGGAUGGUCAUUCACUCCAUCGAGGGCGGUUGUCCGGCCCGCAACCAGAAAGGCAACCUCGAGGGCCCCAACGCGGACAAGUACCCUUUCAAGAUCCCCGCCGGCAUCGCGCCCGGCGACUACGUCUUCGCCUGGAUCUGGCUGGCCAGGGUCGGGGGACAGCCGGAGUACUACAUGAACUGCGCCCCGAUCACUGUCACGGGCGCCAAGAAGAGGAAAAUGAAGAAGAUCCUAAGGCAGUUUGCCGACCGCCGCGCGUUGCUGGCCAGGCGUGAGCAGUUCCCCGAGCUCUUCAUGGCAAAUAUCGGGGAGGUCGCCGGCGGCUGCACGACCGGGGAGGCCCUGAACGCGCAGAUUCCCAUCGCGUUCCCCAAUCCCGGCAUCUAUGUCGAUCAUCCCGAGGGCGCGGAGAACCUUUACAAGCAGCCCUGUGAUGGGAACCCGCGCGCGGGGUCGCCGGCCGAGCCGGGUCCUGGUGUUGGUUCUCCUUCGAGCCAGGCUGGAACUGCUGCGCCGACUUCGACAGUGGUGGACGGCACUGUCGUUCCAACCGCCUCAUCUGCUGUAGUGUCGUCUAUCUCUUCUUCAAGCAGUAUGAGUGGGGCGAAGCCUGUUGCUUCAAAUUCCCCCACCACGAUGUCCGCCGAGCCUUCGGUCCCGACAGGUUCAUGCCCUGCACCAAUCAUCAGCACUGUGACGAACGAGAUAACAGUCACCGUCACCGCUACCGUUAUGGCUACUUCGGUAACCGGAAGUCAGUCUAUUGGCGGACCAACAACUGCCCCGACAGCUUCGCCUGGUGCACCUCAGCCGGCUCCUGUGAAUUGCAGCGAGGGCCAUCUCACCUGCUUACCAGAUGAGACUCAUUUCGCAACCUGCACCGGCGGCAAGUUGACUGCGCCGCAACCUAUCGCCCCUGGAUUCAAGUGCGCUGCCGGAGAGGGUGAGGGUCUGGACAUCUCGCCCAUCGUUCCAUAUGUUUAG